AUGUCAUUCACGGGAAUGGCGCGAAUUCUGGGACACCCUGUAUACAUGCUGCAGCACCCCUACCCUAUUCCCCCCCACCCCACCAGGUUGCCGAAUAAGAUCGGGGAAAAGGGUAAAGAAGAUGAAUGCCGACAAGACGGGUAUCAAAACGUUCGACCCGACGGGGGAGGAAUCGGAAACAGCACAGAAAUGGGACCGAUGGCUACGAUCGUUCUAACUAUUUCUGGAGAAUCGAAAACGGAGGAUGAGCCGCAAGCACCACUGUAUGAUAUCUGCAAAACAGCACUAACCGCAAUUUUUCAGCCAAAAAAGAACUAUACGUACGAAAGGCACGUGUUUCGGUCAUUAAGCCAGAAAGAAGGCGAAACCAUUAUCCAGUUCGUCACCCGCUUAAAGGCGCAGAGUGCUAACUGCAACUUCAGAAACAACGCAGACGACAUGAUCAUCGACCAACUAAUCGAGAAAUAUCGAGCCAAGGAGCUGGGAAGAAUCUUCGAAGGCUCCGAGAAACAAGCCGGGCGAAUGGAAGCCGGAAGUCAAGACAUCCGAAGAGUAGAAAAGAAAGUGAACACGAAGCGUCCACCCAAAGCGUUCAAAUGUUACAGAUGCGACGGGGAAGGUCACAGAGCGAGUGAUGAGAAGUGUCCUGCAAGGAAUAAAACAUGCAACAAAUGUGGGCUGAUAGGACAUCUGGGGAAAUGCUGCAGAACAAAGAAGAAAACGACUGAACAAGGGAAAAGAAUCCGAAACGUCGAAACUGGAGAUCCAGAAGACAUCGAGUAUGCUUUCCAACUACAAGACGAAGACAGCGACCUAGACAGUAUUCAAGUUUUAGUCGGAGGGGUCAAGGCAAGAUUUUUUAUCGAUUCAGGUGCAACAUGCAACGUAAUAGACAAGAAGAGUUGGGAAAACCUGAAAGCAAGUAAGAUAAAAGGCACCUGUGGGGAGCCAGACACGAAGAAAUUAUACUCGUAUGGGAGACAAUCACCAUUGAAGACAUUGGGUACGUUCCACACCACCGUAGAACUAGAAAAUGGAAGUCAGCUAGACUCGAUCAAGUUCUACGUCGUUGAUGUCAAGGCUACACCAAUAAUCGGAAAGAGCACUGCUAGGACGUUGGGCAUCCUGCGGACAGGACACCCGCUACGAAACGUCAGCAGCAUAGAGGUCCCUUCCAUCGAAUCGCUAUGCAAAAAAUUUCCUAACGCUAUGGGCGAAGGAAUCGGGAAACUCCAUGAUUACUCCUUGAAAAUUGCUAGUGAUGAAAAAAUUCAACCGUUGGCACAGACUGGCAGAAGAAUACCGUUCCAGCUACGACCUUUGGUAAAGGGAAAACUGAGGGAGCUAAUAGAAAGCGAUAUAAUUGAGAAGGUCAACGAACCGGCGCGAUGGGUAUCACCAGUAGUUUGUACAACAAAGAAAAACGAAGAACUACGCAUGUGUGUCGACAUGAGGGCAGCAAACGAAGUCAUAAUCCAAUUCCAAUGA